AUGCGCGCCUACGCAUCACUGUACGAAGAGCCCACCUUCGAGGACCCGACGGCGAAGGAGCAGUCGGUCGUGUACGCUGCGCUCGGUGCCGCAGCAGUCGCCGUGGCGUCCACCGUCGCUGCCUUCCAGAUGGCUGGACCCCCUACUUGGCUGACUGCAGCGUACGUCCGUACCUUGACCGUCUUCCAUCUGUCGUUCGACCUUCCUGACCCCUCUUUCUCCCCUCUGGUUCCGUUCCUUCGCCCUCCCUGGUGUUUUUGCAAUGCCACUGAUCGGUGCAAUAUGUCGCUGGCUCGGCGCUCCUGCGGACUGAAGUGCUUGAACUCUAGCGGAACGUUGUAA